AGUAUUCUUGCAAGUAUAUCUAUCUCCUCCAGCGGGACGUAUCGGUAAUCUAGUCGACGCAUCCGAGAAGAGCCGGACGGAUAUACGCAAGCGUGGUAUCGUGAUCUGAAUGAAGAAAAUCGCGUGUAAUCCCGCCUGCGUGAUCGGCGACGGUCCUUAAUGAAAUUAUCGCGUGUCUCGAGAGGAGACGGCCGGAUACGCGAUUAUGUCAUUCGAUGGUGAAUAAUACAGAGCUCGAGAUGAAAACCGACGGGGGCUCUUCGAACCGUCUGAACCCGAGCAUGGAGCAACGUUUGCGGAGCCCCAAGUGCGCGAGAUGCCGGAACCACGGUGUGAUAUCCGGUCUGAAGGGUCACAAGAGAUCCUGCGCAUGGAAGGACUGCCGAUGUCCUUGUUGUCUGUUGGUCGUUGAGAGGCAGCGGGUGAUGGCAGCGCAAGUUGCUCUGCGUAGGCAGCAACAGGCGCAAGGCGACAAUCUGUUGUCUUCAGCGAACAAAUCGCCGACGGACACCGCGAGUCCUUAUUACGUUAAGGGGAAAUACGACGAGUCGGACGCGGUCUGCGGUAGAAGAACGAAGAACUUUCAGAGGCACCACUUGCAUUUCACGCAGACUAGCAUCAGCGUGACGCAGGGUUUCUACGGAUUGAACGCCAUACAUGGUUUACCUGGUGCGUUAUCGCCGCAUCCGCGAUUGUUAGGUACCUUAUCGUCGAUGGGAUGUAAUCAAAAGCAAGAAGCCGAGUCCACGUUGAAAGUGCAAUCUUACCAUUCUGCGUGUCCGACGAUCCCGUGGCUUAAUGAGGUAACACAAUCGUACAUAACGAAUGAGGACCUGAACAAUUUUAUCUCUACCCGGCCGGACUCACGGGGUUGCGCUACCACAAACAGCGAAUCUCACUUGGAAAAGAAAACGCCAAUCUCCUUCAGCGUAGAAUCUAUCAUCGGCACAAAAUGAUGUCCGCGAUGUCUGUAUUUUAAUCUCGUGAUAUAAUAAUCUUAUAUACAUUGGUUAAAUGAAAAUUUUUAUAAAUGUUGCGCAAAUUGUUCAGUAGAAA